CCCAAAGGAACCCAAUUUUUUUAUAAUUGGAAUUUGGACUUUUCGUGGUCAAGCGAAGAAAGUUUCAACUUUCAAGAAGAAAACCGCUUCCAUUUUCCAUCCAAUCUUUCUUAGCCAUAUAAAUCCAUGUCCCAUAACGCCAUUUUAAAUUAACAAUCCCAUUUCUAGCUCUAAGAUGACGCUUAAUCCUUUUAUUCCUCUUCUCCUCCUUCUCCUUCUACCUUUCUCUGCUCCUUCCGCCGCUGCGGAUUCCGUCUACACCACAUUUCUCCACUGUUUUGAAUCCAACUCCAACCCCUCUGAUGGAGUCUCCGCCAUUGUCUUUGCUCGUGAAAAUGCUUCUUACACUUCGGUUCUUAGGGCUUACAUCCGAAACGCCCGUUUCAACACCUCCUCUGCUCCCAAACCACUGAUAAUCGUCACUCCAUUGACCGAAUCCCAUGUCCAAUCGGCUGUGAUUUGCUCUAAGAAGCUCGGUAUUCAACUCAAAAUCCGAAGUGGGGGUCACGAUUACGAGGGCGUUUCCUAUAUUUCCGAAGUCCAGUUCAUCAUUCUCGAUAUGUCCAAUCUCCGGGCGGUUACCGUCGAUGUCGCCGACCAAUCGGCGUGGGUUCAAGCUGGAGCCACACUCGGUGAAGUGUAUUACAGAAUUUGGGAGAAAAGCAAGGUUCUUGGUUACCCGGCUGGUGUCUGUCCCACCGUCGGCGUCGGCGGUCACAUUAGUGGCGGCGGCUAUGGCAACAUGCUCCGGAAGUACGGACUCACCGUCGACCAUAUUCUCGAUGCUCGGAUUGUCGAUGUGAAGGGCAGAAUCCUCGAUUCCAAAUCCAUGGGGGAGGAUCUUUUCUGGGCCAUCAAGGGCGGCGGCGGAGCCAGUUUUGGCGUUGUCCUCGCCUACAAGAUCCGGCUGGUUCCAGUGCCGGAGACGGUCACCGUCUUCCGAGUUGAAAGAACCAUCGAACAGAACGCCGCUGACUUAGUCGUCAGAUGGCAAGAAGUGGCUCCGUCCACCGACGAGAAUCUGUUCAUGAGGCUACUUUUACAGCCAGUUUCCAGUAAAGUGAAGAAGGGGACUCGAACAAUCAGAGCCACCGUCAUCGCCUUGUUCCUCGGGAAAUCGGAAGAACUCGUGUCCUUACUGGGAAAAGAAUUCCCCGAAUUGGGUUUACAGAAGGAGAAUUGUACUGAAAUGAGCUGGAUCGACUCUGUUCUCUGGUGGGGUAAUUUCGAUAUCGGAACUUCACCGAAAGCUCUACUCGAUCGGAAUAUCGAUUCAGCAGGGUUUCUGAAAAGGAAAUCGGAUUACGUUCAGAAACCCAUUUCCAGAGAUGGGUUGGAUUGGUUGUACAAGAAGAUGAUCGAAAUCGGCAAAACAGGGCUGGUGUUCAACCCAUACGGCGGAAAGAUGAGCGAAAUUCCAUCAACAGAAACCCCAUUUCCUCACCGAGCAGGAAAUUUAUACAAAAUCCAAUACUCGGUGAACUGGAACGAAGCGGGGCCGGAAGCAGAUCAGGAAUUUGUGAAGCAAAUAAGAAGGCUGUACAGUUACAUGACCCCAUUUGUUUCAAAGAAUCCAAGGCAAUCGUUCUUGAACUACAGAGAUUUGGACAUUGGGAUCAACAACAAUGACAAGAACAGCUUUGAAGAUGGAAAAGUUUAUGGGUUCAAGUACUUUGGGGAGAAUUUUGAGAGACUAGUGAAGGUGAAGACGGCUGUGGAUCCAGAGAAUUUCUUCUGGAAUGAACAGAGUAUUCCAACUCUUUCAAGGCUGCAUUCUGGGGCAACUGCUUGGUCAAUUUGCAGCUUAUGCACAGUGGGGGUGUUGAUGCAUUUCUUUGCUUAAAAAGGGGAAUUGGUAAAGUUUCAAUAUUUCAGGCCCUUAAGGGCCAAUGCUCAUUGGACAUUGCCCUUAAGAGCCAAUUUAUUUUGGAAGAAUGAUCAUAGGUAACCAGUUACUAGCACUUGGUAGGAAUUUCUUGUUACCACUUUUGACAUCCAAGAGAGAUUAUGGGAUAGACAA